GAUCGCGACGAUCUCCGGUGGCCAGUAUUUGUGCAAACGUCGUCGCAAGCGGGUCGUACUCGGGACCGCUGCACAGUUUAUAUUUAAAAAAAAACAGGAAGGAAGAAUCUUUCUAUCUUCUGUAGACAGCAUUUCGUUGUUCGCAAAAGAGGUUCGUCGCUUAUCGUGCGAAGUCUUUCGAUAUUAUUGGAAAUCGGUGUUUACGGUGUUGUUUUGCGAUAGCCUUUUUUCCUUUUGCUUCGACAAUCAAUCCAGUUCGAUGCAGUGACUACCGAGAGCGUGACAACAAGAGACCAGUAAGGCCACCGGUAAAAGAAAUGGUGACUGACUGACAGAUUUCAAGUGUUUUGCAUGAGCCGUCGGUGUGCGCAGCAUUCGUGCGUGAUGGAAGCAGUAGUACCGGCCGGUCGAACGAUCGACACAAAACAGCAAUGAAAACGUAGCUGCAAUCCGUACCUGUAGUUUAGUAGUUAUUUGUUCGCUUCAAGAGUCUAUGGUAGUGAUCGAAGAUCAUCCGCCCAGUGUUUUCGAGGUUUCCUUUUGCUUCGCCGUGCGUGACAGUUGGAGUGAUUUUGGUAGUGAUUUCGAUAGUAACAGUGAUUUCGUACGCGAGUGAGGUUGAGUUUUGCAUUGAGGAAGUGACGGGUGCUUUACAGCGACAAAAGGGACAUUUUACAUAAGAAACAGGGGGAAAACAACAAAAUACGAACAUGGAAACGUGUGUGUUAAUACCGCAGGAGUUUGCACUGGCUGUGACGGGUGUGGGUGCCCGCAACUCCCGCGAACAGACGGCCACCGUGUGGUCGAACACGAGCAUCCCGCAAGGAACGCUGUGCUAUCCUUUCCAAGGCACGGUGCGCAUCGACAAUUUGGACGUUUACUCCACCAUCGAGGAGGAUGACAUUCGACACCGGUUUGGACUGUACGACGAGAUCACCAGCAUUAAUGGACGAACGGUACGCCACUGCAACUGGAUCCGGUUCCUGCGAGUGUCGGAAACGUACGGGCCGCAGGUGAACGUGGUCUGCGCCAAGGUGAAGGGUGAGCCGAUCUACGAGAUCGUGAAGCCGAUCCCGUCGCACCAGGAGCUGGUCGUCUACUACCUGCCCGAGGGCCCGGAGGAGCUCUUCUUCAUCCGGAUGCGCAGUCAGCUGUACCGCCAAACGAUGGACUCGAUCCUCGAAGACUCACCGCUGGACCUUUCGACGUCGCUCCUGUCGCGGGUGAUGCUACCGAUCUCACCGUCCUCGGGCGCCGAAGAUGAGCACAAGUCGGUGUCAGGCGACGACUCAUCGAUCUCGAUCUCGUCCGGAGCCAGCACGGGCGGCGGCGAUCGCUGCGAAGGUGCACUGGAUCUGGAGCUGGCCGCCAUCUCGAGCGGACCCGGAUCGAGAGCAUCCCCCAAGGCGCGCCCCUCAGCACGGUCCGAGCGGGCCAUGCUACCGUGCGAGGUGUGCGGCAAGGCGUUCGAUCGGCCCAGCCUGCUGAAGCGCCAUAUGCGCACGCACACCGGCGAAAAGCCGCACGUGUGUGGCGUGUGCGGCAAGGGCUUCAGCACGUCCAGCUCGCUCAACACGCACGUCCGGAUACACUCCGGGGAGAAGCCGCACCAGUGUCAGGUGUGCGGCAAACGGUUCACCGCCAGCUCCAACCUCUACUACCACCGGAUGACGCACAUCAAGGACAAACCACACAAAUGCAGCCUCUGCUCCAAGUCCUUCCCGACGCCGGGUGAUCUCAAGUCGCACAUGUACGUCCACAACGGGUCCUGGCCGUUCAAGUGUCACAUCUGCUCCCGAGGCUUCUCCAAGCAAACGAACCUGAAGAAUCACCUCUUCCUUCACACAGGUGAUAAACCACACGUUUGUGAAAUCUGCAACAAAUCGUUCGCGCUUGCCUGCAACCUGAAGGCACACAUGAAGACGCACGAAGACACCGGCUCGAGCCACGAAGGGGAAUCGAACCGAAGCACCCACAGUCACAGCGAGGGCGAGGAAUCCAACUCGUCACCGUCGUCCCUGCCGAGCAGCAAUGCGAGCACGUUCGAGAAGGCGGACGCCGAUCGGCUGGCCAACUUCUCCAAGCACCUUCUGUUCUCGAGCUACACCAAACAGAUGCUGUCCGGCGUUGGCUGAUAGAGUGCGCAGUACGCGCGUGUGUGUGUCAACGUGCGUCGGGACAUUCCGUCCAAUUGAUCGGCUGGCCCGAAUGGCGCAACGGGAGCACACUCACAAACUCCACAAAACUCUCACUCACUACUAAAACACACAUACUCGCACACCAGAAACAUACACACACACUUUGCAGGCAAACUGUCCUUAAAAGGGUUUGGCAGUGGCCUUCAGGGUUGGGCAUCUGCUCCACCAAGGGCCUCUCACAUUCUCCAAGAUGCCAAACUUGCACAAAAGUAGGGGGAGGGCAAGGGGAGGGGGGAGAGCAAGGAAAGAGAUUCUAUAUUUCGGGUUCCACAGGGUCCGCUGGCCAAAGACAUGUACCGCUUACUACGGAGCACUUUUUCCUACCUCUUAGUACUCUUUCUUAUGGGGUUUUAAAAUGAUUGUUUGAUUUUCGAACACCUAAUGCACUUACCUACUACACGAAAGGCUGAUGUGUGUACUAUUACUAUUACAAAGGGAAAUGUGAAAAGCAAGAGGGAAGGAAAAGAGAGAAAGAGUAAGAUUGAUAAUUACUGUGCGCACGAGCUGCAGACAGACGGACAGAGAUAGUGUAAAUAGGUGUCACAACUUAUCCCGAUCUUGAGUUUUAUCGAGACAGAAUGGAAUGAUUGUACAUAAGUGUUCCGCUGAGCAGUGGAAAUUGUACAGUGCAGAAAUAAAUAACUUUAUUGGAAAACUAAUGAAA